CGUUUACACGCAUUUAUUAUUUGGGCGGAGCGGUUGUUAAUAUAUAACCUUUUAUUCGUUAUAUCGUAAACAUCUGGGCCAAGAGUUUUCCCAUAGGUCCUAAAAGUUGUCUCCCUAGAGAUGUCUUCUGCAGUGGCCAUGGAGGCCACCCGGAGGCGCCAGAGGCUCAGCUCUAACGGGGGGGCGUCUGAGACCACGGAGGAACCUGCAGGGCAGUGGGGAAGAGCAUGGGAGGUGGACUGGUUCUCUCUGAGCGCUGUGAUCCUGCUGCUGUGCACAGCUCCCUUCCUGGUGUUCUUCUUUGUCAUGGUGUGUGACCAGUACCAGUGCUCGGUCAGCCAGCCCCUGGUGGAGCUCUACAGUGGAGAGGCCACCCUGCGCUCCAUCUGGGACAAGGCCCCUUCCUUCACCUGGACCGCUGCUCAGAUCUACACCGUCUGGGUCUCCUUCCAGGUGGUGCUCUACAUGUGUGUUCCUGAUGUCACUCAUAAGUUCCUGCCUGGCUAUGCAGGUGGGGUUCAGGAUGGAGCUCGCACCCCAGCAGGCCUCAUAAACAAGUAUGAGAUCAACGGUUUACAGUCGUGGCUGAUCACCCAUGCCCUGUGGUAUGCCAACGCUCAAUACUUCCACUGGUUUUCCCCCACCAUAAUCUUCGACAACUGGAUCCCACUGCUGUGGUGCACCAACAUACUGGGCUAUGCUGUGUCCACCUUUGCCUUUGUCAAGGCCUACCUCUUCCCCACCAAUGCAGAGGACUGCAAAUUCACAGGCAACGUCUUCUAUAACUACAUGAUGGGCAUUGAGUUCAAUCCCCGCAUCGGCAAAUGGUUCGACUUCAAGCUCUUCUUCAACGGGAGACCUGGUAUUGUUGCCUGGACUCUAAUCAACCUCUCCUAUGCAGCCAAACAGCAGGAGCUAUAUGGCUAUGUGACCAAUUCUAUGAUCCUGGUUAAUGUGCUGCAGGCAAUCUAUGUUCUCGACUUCUUCUGGAAUGAGGCAUGGUACCUGAAGACGAUUGACAUCUGCCAUGACCACUUCGGCUGGUACCUGGGCUGGGGAGACUGUGUGUGGCUGCCCUUCCUCUACACGCUGCAGGGCCUGUACCUGGUGUACAACCCAGUCCAGCUCUCCACAGCCCAUGCUGCUGCUGUCCUCCUCUUGGGUCUGGUGGGUUACUACGUCUUCCGCUCCACCAACCACCAGAAGGACCUGUUCCGCCGUACCGAGGGGAAGUGCUCCGUCUGGGGCAAGAAGCCCACCUUCAUUGAGUGUGCCUACCGCUCGGGUGACGGCGGCCUGCACCACAGCAAGCUCAUGACCUCCGGCUUCUGGGGCGUGGCACGCCACCUCAACUACACGGGCGACCUGAUGGGCUCGCUGGCCUACUGUGCAGCCUGCGGCUUCGGCCAUAUUCACCCCUACUUCUACAUCGUCUACAUGACCAUCCUGCUGGUGCACCGCUGUGUGAGAGACGAGCAUCGCUGCAGCAGCAAGUACGGCAAAGACUGGAAGCGCUACACGGAUGCAGUUCCCUAUCGCCUGCUGCCUGGGAUCUUCUAGAGUCGAGUCAGAGGUUGAAGGAAUCCCUGCAUCCUGAAAGAAGUUUAACAGAAGAAGGAGAUGUGUGUUAAAUGGACUGUUCACAUUCCAUGGGAAAGACGUUGAUGACAUUUUGAGCAAAGUGUGUGUGUGUGUGUGUGUAUGUGUGUGUGUGUGUGUGUGUGUGCAAUCCUCAGCUACUCUCAGAACUGCUCUCACCGGUGCCUAGGAGCAUUUCUCCGUAAAUGUUGAUACUAUGGUACAUAUCUAUGUUCUAUGGUACAUAGAUGCUAUGAGAAACUCUGCAAAAUUGAUUUCUAAUUCAAAUCUGUAUUUAAGUGUACUGUAGUCUAGCAAUGUGAACAUCACAUAACCAUACAGUAGCACUUAGUUGGCGUUGGUCAAGUAACUACAGCUACAAGUGAGCAAUAAUCUAGAUGUCUUUUGACAAUGCACUGUCGAUGGCAAAUGUCUCUUCUACUUAGGGGUCAGCCCAGCGUUACAUGAAACGCUAGCAGCAGACUGGUAUAUUAUGUUCAAGAAGCAGCUACAACUAUACAAUGAUUGUUCCUGCUAAAAUACAUUUUUCUUUAUUUCUGUCAAUAUCUUUGAGGUACCUGUUAUUUUAAAGUUUUUGUGCUAAUAGUGCUUUUACUUUAUCCAACAGUCAUUUUGACAUUUGAUUUCAGUUGUUUGCCUUCUUUUUAAAAAAAAAAUUUAACCUCAUCUGCCUUUCCUCAAGUGAUAACUUAGAAAAGUAAAUAAACCUAACAUGGUGAAUACA